AUCGGGUUUGGUAUGUAAAAAAGCAUACAUCGCAACUUCGUAACAAACAAAUUCUCUGAAAUGAACUUUCGUUUUGAUUAUAAUGGCAACAUCAGAUAUACAGGAACAGGACUUCAAUGAUGAGGUAUCAUUAUGCUCUAUAUGUCUUGAACAAUAUAAAUCACCAGUGAGUUUACAUUGUUCACACUCCUUCUGUCGAACUUGUCUCUCAACACACAUCAAAUCGUCAUGUGAGAACUGCGACCACCCCCUUGGAUUUCCGUGUCCUCUGUGCCGCGUGUUUAUUCCGGCGCCAGGGGAAAUAAAUCAGUAUUCUGUAAACGAAUGGGCAACGAAAUUUCCAGAAAACAAGUUCCUUACAUCUGUAACAGGCGUUCGUAUUAUUUUGUGCAAACCAUGCCGAGGAGACGGAGAAGAGGUAACUGCACAAAGCUGGUGCAAGGAUUGUUCCGAGGCGCUUUGUGAAGAGUGUACGAAAUAUCACAAAAAAUACCGACCCUGUCGCAAGCAUGUGGUACUCUCUCUCGCCGAAUGGUCAGAUAUUUCCAGAAUUCCAGUAACGUUAGAAAUAUGUGAGACUCACGAUGGUCGUAAAUUUGAACUAUUUUGUAGAAAACAUUUUAUCCCAUGCUGCUCGGUUUGUGUAACCAAAGAUCAUAACAGUUGUACAAAUUUCUGUGAACUAGAAGAAGUUGGUAAACAUUUCACAGAAUCUGAAAAAGUAAAGGUUUUGCAGAGCGGAAUGGAAAAAUUCUGUUUGAAAGUAGAAAACAUUAUUGAAAAAGAAAAAGCAAACAUAAACCAUAUUGACGACAUAGCUGACACAUUUACAAAAGAAUUAUCAGAUGUUACAACUAAUAUAAUUCAGGCUGUGAAAAAACUGGAGGAAGAACAUUUAAAUGAACUCUCUAAAUUAUCAAAGGAAAGCAAAUCUAAGCUUCAAAAGUCUGUGGAUUCUUUCGAGGAAAGGCUUCUCUAUCUGAAAUAUUGGAGAGAACUGUUGUCAAAGAAUCUUUCGAAUGAGACAGCAUCAGAAACCAAAAGGGUCUUAUCUUAUUUAAAACUGAAGAACAUUCAUGAAAAUCUCCAAAAACUGAAAUAUACAAAGUUAGACAUUUGUAUUAAAACAGAAGUAUUAGAUGAUGUGAAAAAACUGAUUGAAUUACCUUGUCUUGCUGAUGUAUCUGCAGAGGAAAAUUUAGAUCAAGUUGAUUUAAAUGUAGAGAAUAUUGAUUACAUACAUGCUAACGUGAUCAAAGUAUCUGAAUUUCCAAUACAAGGUGCUGAUAUAAGAGGUGGUAUUUUUUUGAGUAGUGGUAACCUGUUCUUAGCUGACUUAAGUGGGAAGAGAUGUAUUCUUUGUGACACAAAUGGAGUUAUUUUACAAGAAGUGAAAUUACAAGAAGUACCGUGGGACGUGUUUACAGAGGGUCAGGAGAUUCUCGUGACGAGUCCUAAUAAUAAAACGAUUUUAAAGAUAGACUCUACUUUGCUUGAAAUCAUAUACUUCGUUCCUGGUGGUUGUAGUUGUUAUAGCAUAGCUACAUCUGGAAACACAACUGUAAUUGGUACUAGUAAUUCUGUGGAAAUCUUUGAUGAAGGCUUUGAUGUUACGAAACGAAGAACACUGUUAACUGGCCUUAGCAGUAUUUAUGGCGUAGUAAUAGACAAUGAAAACAAUGUAAUCUGUAGUAGUUUUGAUCAACACGUUGUCAAAAAACUAAGCGUACGGGGAAAUGUUUUGUUCACCUAUAAUCACGAAAAGCUACAGCGUCCAUACGGAGUAACCACAGACAGUGGAGGAAAUAUAUUCAUAAACGGUUUCAUCAGUAACAAUAUCCACAUUUUGUCAAGGGGUGGCAAACUCCUACGUAUCGUGGAAGGAAUAACGAAUCCAACGUGCAUAAAAUUCCAGAAUGCCACAAACAGAUUUUUUGUUGGCAAUUAUAAAGGAAGUGUUACAGUCUUCGAAUUCAAUGAAAGCUAAAUUUUAAUUUGUCCCAAUCAAUUGCUGAUUAUGUUUGUAUGUAUCUCCGAACGAUCUUCAAAAGUCAAUGUUUGAAGUCUCUAGUUUUCUCUAUCUGUAGGGUAUUCUACAAGAAUAUUUAGGAAUUGACUUGUGUAUUGGAAUUAAAUAACGAGGUGAUGACUUUAAAUGAUUGUAGCUACUAAGUAUUCAGUGUUUCACAAGUACUUAUAUUAAAUGUAUAAACUUCAUAAUUUUUGUUUUAUUGUUUGUAU